AUGAAGUUUCUACAAAGUUGGAGCUCCACAAGAAAAUACGUCACUUGCUGUCGGGCAAGACCGAAGCACAUGCAAGAUAGUUUCAGUCUCUCGGAUACAAGUAGGACACAAGUCAUCUUCCAGAACACCACGUUGCUUCAAAUUCACCUUAGUUGCGCAUGGGGCCCAUGCCAAAAAGCUGCAGCGGAAAAUUCCGCUACAAAAGUUCUAGCUCCCUUUGGCACAACGGAAGUGGGAAGCGGAGCCGAUAGCGGAUCCGCUUUCACUUCCGCUCUGUCAAACAGUGCACCCAAAAAUAAAAAAAACCUUCAUCUAUAUAUACCCCACCUGACCCUACCAUUUUCCUUCACUAUCUUUCUUUCUCCUUCGUUUCGCUCCUCUCUCUCUUUCUUCUGUAAAGCUUCUCUCUCGCGACGAUUUCUUGGGCGAUUUCCUGACCCUACCGUUUUCUUCGAGCAUGCACGUGAAAUUGCCGAAGCUGCAUACGUCUUGAACCCUUUAGACGCCGAGAAUUUAACAAGAUGGGGAGGGGCUCUGCUAGAGCUGUCUCAAUUUCAGACUGUUCCAGAUUCAAAGAAGAUGCCUUUAGGUUGUUCUAUAGGUAUAAUGCAUGGGAUGAGAUGCUCUGUUUUUGUAACUGUUGUACAUGGGAUGCAGGUUGGAAAAUUUGAAAUACUGAGAAAAUGGGGUGAACUCAUAAUUGUUUUAAUUUAAGCUGG